GAAAUGGUUUAAAGAUCCGAAUCUCAAAUUCGAGUACAACCCACGUGCAACUCCAUUAAAAAUUUCAUAUCUUUUUCCUUUAUUUUUUUUCAUAAUUUUUUCUCCAAAAUUGACCAAUUUCCAGUCUCAAUUAUUGUCUGGCGCCGUUCUGUAAAAUCAACGCCGAAAAUUAUUACAGCCACUUUCUCAGUAUUCCUAUCACUGUUUGUUGCUUCAAUUUCAAUUGUUUAAAACACCCAAUUUAUCCUCUUAAUAAUGGAGUGAGACUUUAGUACGGAGUAGUUUAUAGAGUAAGUUGAUAAAUUACUCUGUUUUAUUGAUUGAUUGAUUGACCCCCCAUUUUUUUUCUCUCUUCAAAUUACAUGUAUGUAGACAAUACUUCCAAUUUUCUUGUCAAAAUUCCCGGAUUUCAUCUUCUGAAAACCCUUUGAUUUUCUGUAGAUUGUGUGUUUUGGGCAUAUCUUCAAUGCCCCACUCAUUAAUUUGAUGACCCAGUUGCUUGAUCUGAUCCAGUUUGGUUUAUUUAAGUUGAUUUAUUAAGUGGGGUUUGUUCGAUUCUAAGGGUUCUGGAGUUGUGGAAGCAAAUCAGUGGGCUGAAUUCAGAGUGGGAAGUUGAUUGUGUGUGAAAAGGAAUUUAGAGAAGUGAAUUUGCUGUUUGUGCUUCAACUUAUUGUGUAGUGAAAUGGGAUCCCAAGGAUCCAAACUCGGAACGUGUUGCUUGGGUUCGCCUAAUAAGGCAGCAGUACUUGAGGCUCCUGAUGUUGGUAAUGAGGAUGAUAAUGGACUUGGGUUACUUGCAUUUCGCGAGUUCACAUAUGAUCAACUUAAAAAUGCCACAUCAGGUUUUGCAGUCGAGAACAUUGUGUCUGAGCAUGGUGAAAAGGCUCCAAAUGUGGUUUAUAAAGGGAAACUAGAGAACCAGACAAGAAUUGUUGUUAAGCGUUUUAAUAGAAGUGCGUGGCCUGAUGCUCGUCAAUUUUUGGAUGAAGCUCGGUCUGUUGGUCAGCUUCGCAACCAGAAGUUGGCAAAUCUGCUUGGUUGUUGCUGUGAAAAUGACGAAAGGCUGCUUGUGUCAGAGUACAUGCCCAACAGUACCCUUGCAAAACAUCUUUUCCAUUGGGAUGCACAGCCAAUGAAGUGGGCAAUGCGGCUGAGAGUUGUCCUACAUCUUGCUCAAGCUUUGGAAUAUUGUACGAGUAGAGGCCGGUCUCUCUAUCAUGACCUUAAUGCUUACAGAAUUCUGUUUGAUGGGGAUUGUAAUCCCAGACUUUCUUGCUUUGGCUUGAUGAAAAAUAGUAGAGAUGGGAAAAGUUAUAGUACGAAUCUGGCAUUUACUCCUCCAGAGUAUUUGAGAACUGGGAGAAUAACACCAGAGAGUGUCAUAUAUAGUUUUGGUACUCUGUUGCUUGAUCUUAUUAGCGGAAAGCAUAUUCCACCAAGUCAUGCCCUAGACUUGAUAAGGGAUCGGAAUCUUCAGAUGCUGACUGAUUCCUGCUUGGAAGGACAAUUCUCCAACGAUGAUGGUACUGAGUUGGUGCGGCUUGCUUCCCGAUGUUUACAUUAUGAGCCACAAGAGCGACCAAACACUAGAUCGCUGAUUGCAUCUCUGACCCCUCUUCAGAAGGAAACUGAGGUACCUUCUCAUGUGUUAAUGGGUAUCCCUAACAGUGCCUCGUCCGUGCCUUUAUCUGCUCUGGGUGAGGCAUGUGUUAGAAGAGACUUGACUGCCAUUCAUGAAAUCUUGGAAUCAAUCGGGUAUAAAGAUGACGAAGGAGUGGCGAACGAGCUCUCCUUUCAGAUGUGGACUGACCAAAUGCAGCAAUCUCUGGAAUCAAAGAAGAAAGGUGAUAGUAACUUUAAGCAGAAGGAUUUUAAGUCUGCAAUAGAACGAUACACACAGUUCGUAGAUGGUGGAAUGGUUUCUCCAACAGUCCUAGCACGGCGUAGUCUGUCACAUCUAAUGAGUGACAUGCCACAGGAAGCUUUGGAAGAUGCAAUGCAAGCUCAAGUGAUUUCACCUGUAUGGCACAUUGCUUCAUAUCUUCAAGCUUCUGCCCUUUAUGCCCUUGGAAUGGAAAACGAGGCACAAGAGGCUCUUAAAGAGGGCACUAUCGUGGAAGCCAAAAGGGAUGCUACCAAUGCAAAAUAAUCAGAAACUUUUGUGCAGCAGCUAUCACUUGAUAGUUGAUACUGAUUGAAUGACGCCCUACCCGGAAUUGAUCUUUAACAUGUGAAUUUUGAAAGGAGAAGGCUCUGCAGUGCUUAUUUUGUCCCAAGUAUUUUGCCUUCAUCAACUUGGCAGCAUCUCAGCCGAAAAAUUUCAGCUGCCGAAUAUUAUUAACAGGUUGAUUAUCUUGUUUGCCAUUUUCUCCUUGGAGAAUUUGCAAGUGCAAGGCAUCAAAAUCCUAUAAACUUGUAAUUUGUGUACAGUCUAAAUGUGGUUUGGGUGGUGUUUUGAACUAAGAACUAAGUUUUAAAGUCAUAUUACGGAAGAAAAUUAUGGCUUCCGUUUCCUCUGUCACGUCUUAUUAACAAUUGUGUAAGCAAUCCCUUCCUUUAACAUAUAUAUCUAAAGAAAGUUUCAAUUAUUGUCAUCA